AUGGUAUGGUAUUGGGAAAAACAUAAUCUUGAAUAUGUAGUUCGUUCCGAUGGUAUAUCACAAACAAUGUUAACCGAAUUCUUCCAUCUAAAUUCCACGUGCGAAAAAUCUAGAGCUUUUCUGUAUAGAGAAAUCCCAAAGCAUUUUGUGUGGAACAAGCAAACUAAGCGCUGGACUGCUAGAAAAGCGAAAGAGGUAAUCGGGAGAGUCAACGCAGCUAACCCUUCUAAAGGAGAAUGUUCUACCAAAGAGUUUGAUGAUGAAUAUUCCAUUGUUACGCUUUCUGAAGAUUACAAUGCUGUGGCGACUCUAAACGCUGAACAAAAGAAUGCAUAUGAUAUGAUAAUGGAACGUGUUCUCUCAAACAAACCCGACAUCUUCUUCAUUGAUUGCCCGGGUGGAACUGGAAAAACAUAUCUAUAUCGUGCAAUACUAGCAAAGGUCAGGUCCCAAAAAAAGAUAGCUCUUGCAACUGCUUCUUUAGGAGUCACAUCUUCGAUUUUACCUGGUGGCAGGACCGCACAUUCGAGAUUUAAAAUUCCAAUAUUAGCAAACGAGUCCGUAGUUUGCAAAAUUUCAAAGCAAAGUUCAAUAGUAGAGUCAAUGCGUAAAACAAGUGUCAUUAUUUGGGAUGAAGCACCAAUGGCUAAACGUUAUGCAAUUGAGGCAGUUGACAGGACUCUCCAAGAUCUCCUUAGUACUACAGAACCUUUUGGAGGAAAAGUAGCAGUCUUUGGUGGAGACUUUCGACAAGUAUUGCCUGUUGUACCUCGAGGGACCCGGACUGAAACAAUUGGAGUAAGUUUUGCAGAUUUUCUACUACGUGUUGGUAAUGGGGAAGAACCAAUUCUGGUGGACAACAUGAUCAAGUUGCCAGACGAGAUGGUAAUAAAAUCUACAAAUGAGGAGGAUUUAGAAAAAGAAUUGAUAAAUGCUGUUUUCCCCCAUCUCCUCGAAAAUGCACACUCGGCGGAAUAUAUUACAAAUUGA